AGACGGCCCAAGAUGGCGGCAGGAGAGGAGGAAGGGUCGGCGGCGGAGCCGGAGCAGGAGCCGGCGGCGGAGGAGUCGCGGAGCUUCAAGGACUUGGGAGUGACAGAUGUCCUGUGUGAAGCUUGUGACCAGUUGGGAUGGAAGGUGCCAACGAAGAUCCAGAUUGAGGCUAUUCCAGUGGCUCUCCAAGGCAGAGAUGUCAUUGGACUGGCAGAAACUGGCUCUGGAAAAACAGGAGCCUUUGCUUUGCCAAUUCUUCAAGCACUGCUGGAAACACCUCAGCGAUUAUUUGCACUUGUCCUCACACCAACCAGGGAGCUGGCCUUUCAAAUCUCAGAGCAGUUUGAAGCUCUUGGAUCUUCCAUCGGUGUUCAAAGUACGGUUAUUGUGGGUGGAAUUGAUGCAAUGUCACAAUCUCUGGCCUUAGCCAAGAAACCACAUGUUAUCAUUGCAACCCCUGGCCGUCUAGUUGAUCAUCUGGAGAACACAAAGGGCUUCAACUUACGAGCUCUGAAGUUCCUAGUGAUGGAUGAGGCUGACAGGAUUCUUAACAUGGAUUUCGAGACAGAGGUGGAUAAGAUAUUAAAAGUGAUUCCUCGAGACAGGAAGACAUUCUUGUUUUCUGCCACCAUGACCAAGAAGGUUCAAAAACUCCAACGUGCUGCUCUGAAGAAUCCUGUUAAAUGUGCUGUUUCUUCCAAGUAUCAGACAGUUGAAAAACUGCAACAGUAUUACAUUUUCAUCCCCUCCAAAUUCAAGGACAGCUAUCUGGUUUAUAUCUUGAAUGAACUGGCUGGUAACUCUUUCAUGAUAUUCUGUAGUACAUGUAACAAUACUCAGAGGACUGCUCUACUGCUCCGCAACCUGGGCUUCACUGCCAUUCCCCUCCAUGGGCAGAUGAGUCAGAAUAAACGUUUGGGCUCUCUAAACAAGUUUAAGGCAAAGGCGCGUUCUAUUCUGCUGGCCACUGAUGUUGCAAGCAGAGGUCUGGACAUCCCACAUGUGGAUGUGGUGAUAAACUUUGAUAUUCCUACACACUCUAAGGAUUACAUUCAUCGAGUUGGGAGAACAGCUCGAGCUGGGAGAUCUGGCAAAUCUAUCACCUUUGUCACACAGUAUGAUGUAGAGCUGUUCCAGCGCAUUGAACACCUGAUUGGCAAGAAGCUGCCAGCAUUCCCCAUGCAAGAGGAGGAAGUUAUGAUGCUGACAGAGCGUGUGGCUGAGGCCCAGAGGUUUGCUCGAAUGGAGCUGCGGGAGCAGGGAGAGAAGAAGCGAUCUAGGAAUGAUGAUGAUGACACAGAAGAGGCUAUUGGUGUCAGGAAUAAGGUGGCAGGAGGGAAAAAGAAGAAAAGGAAAGCCUUCUAGUUUGGUAUUUGAACAGACUUUUUUUAUUUUUCUCUUUAUGGCUAUCUGAGCUAUCAAAAACCGUCUACCAAGCCGCCUCCAGUGGAUUUUUUUUCAGAACUACAUAUGAAAUUUGCAAGUCCCUGAGGAAAAAACCUACUUUUCUUCUUCACCAGCUACAGACUGAGCUUGGCCCAUGUUGGUACCAUGGUACCAGUUUUCCUUCCAGGGACACACCAUCAGAGACCAUCACCUCUGGACCUGGAAGCAGCUGUGGUCUGGCCCUGCUUGUUCACUACGAAGUGCAGUGUGAGUGCAGCUUUUGCUCGGCUGCAGCCUGUCCCACUAUCCAGUCUCACUGAGCCCAUCUGGAGUCAGAUCUGUCAGAAGAAAGAGAGGAAAAAUUAAAAAAGAAGUGACUGAGUUUUCACAGCACAGCUAUGAUGCCCUUGCCUUGGUGAAGGGAUGUAUUACAUUGAGAACUCAAAAUAUAUUUUACUUAAUUUUAAAGCUACCUGGUUUUCUUUA